UAAAUAAUAUCAAUGAAACUCGCGGCUCAUCUUAUAUUAUCAUUAAUAAAAUAUUUGUUUAAUAAGAAAUAUCUAUUAUAUGAAUAUAGUUUUAUUAUUGAUAAGUUAAGUAAAAUUGUUGGACAGCAAAUGCUAAUUUAAUUUAUUAAACAAAAAUGUAAACUUUUAUUUAUAUCAACGAGUAAUUAAAAAAAUGAUUAAUAAUAGUUAUAUUGAAGAUUGUGAUCAAGUGGUCAAUAAUAAUAAUAAUAAUAAUAAAUGUGAUAAUAAUUUAGAUUAUAUUUGCGAUGAUUUAGCUGUUAAUGUCAAAGAUGUGGUGUUUGGAUAUCGUAAAGGUGUUGUCGUACUCAAUAAACUUAGUCUUUUUGUUCCGAAAGGCAAAAUAUUUGCAUUAUUGGGACCAAAUGGUACGGGAAAGACAACCCUAAUUCGGGCUAUUUUGGGUCGAAUUCAAUUAGAAUCGGGAAUAAUACGGGUAUUCGAUGGUAUUCCUGGGUCACCCAAGUCGGACAUUCCCGGCAAAGGUGUCGGUUAUAUGCCACAAGAGUUGGCACUUUUUGAAGAACUAACGAUCUCUGAGAUACUUAAAUAUUAUGGAAAUCUCUAUCAUAUGGACAGUUGUGAACUAUCCAAUAGAGUGGACAACUUAAUUGAAAUUUUGAAUUUACCCGAAAAGUCCAGAACUAUUAGUAAAUUAAGUGGUGGACAAAGGAGACGGGUGUCGAUAGCUAUAACAAUGAUACAUAAGCCCAAACUUAUUAUAUUAGAUGAACCGACCGUCGGUGUCGACUCUAUACUUAGGCUACGAAUCUGGCAAUACUUAGAAAAAUGUUGCCAAACAUACGGUCAAACAGUGAUCAUUACAACCCAUUAUAUUGAAGAGGCCAGAAGUGCCAGCAAUGUAGCCUUUAUGAGCUCCGGUAUUAUAUUAAAACAGUCAAAUCCACAACAUUUAAUCAAUACAUAUAACUGUCAGACACUGGAAGAUGUUUUCCUAUAUCUUUGUGUUAAUUAUAGAAAUAAUAUCAUUAAACGAAACACUACUCAACCGGUUAAUGAACAGUUAGAUACAACAACAACAACAAGUAUUGUACACGACUUGAGACCCAAUAAAUUAAGUGAUGACAACAACAAUGAAAAUAAUUAUAAAAAUAAUGAAAUUAAUUCAUUGAAACAAAUGUUUAAUAUUGACGGCAAACGAGUCAAUACAAUGCUCUGGAAGUAUUGGAUAUUAACAUUGAGAAGACCACAAUUUCUUCUGCUUUUCUAUGUAUUACCUCUAAUAGCCUUGACAUCAAUGAAAUGGUCGAUCGGUCGCAAACCACAUCACAUACCCGUCGCCGUCUAUAAUGCCGACAACAGUAGCCAAUUGUCCAAAAUGUUUCUCAACUCUAUUGAACCCUAUUAUAUGAGUCUAUAUGAAUAUCCUACUAAUGAGUCGGCGGCCAACAGUGUCAGGGAUGGCGUCAAUACAAUAGCGAUGAUGUUUAAGAAAAAUUUUUCCGACAAUUUUGCCCUUCGACUGACCGAUUUGUUUGAUAUGACCGAUGAGGAACUGGAUUCAAGUCAGAUCAAAAUUGUGGCCGAUUUUUCCGAUAGUAUUGUCGGCAACAAUGUCUAUAAUAGUCUGUUGAGAGCGUUUGAGAUAUUUUUAAGACAAUUGGGUCCGACCUAUGGACACAAUUUGUAUCGUUAUUUCUAUCCGGUAACACUGGAACCGGCUAUUUACGGGUCGACCGAUUUAAAUUUGAAUACAUUUAUAUUACCCGGUUUGAUGAUGGCAUUGGCACAUUUGUUGCCAAUGAUUAUAUCGGCAUUUCAGAUCAUAUAUGACCGAAAAAAUACAAGUCUUGAACGUGUUUUGGUAGCGGGAGUCAAACCCAUGGAGUUUUUCAUAGCACAUAUGGUUCAAAAUAUUUUAUUAAUUAUUAGUCAGGUUUUCAUGUCUAUGAUAGUCGCGUUUGUCAUCUAUGGUAAUACACAACUGGGCAGUUAUAUUGAAGUUUAUCUACUAUUUCUAUUGCAAAGUACUCAGGGAAUGGCUUUCGGAUUACUGGCAUCACUGUUGCUGUUUGAUGAGGUUUCUGUUGGGAUUGGAUUAACUGGUUUUAUGUUUCCCAUAUGGAUAAUAUCGGGUGUUAUUUGGCCCAUACAGUCGAUACCAUAUUAUUUCCGAUGGAUAGCCGACUUGAGCCCAAUCACCCAACCAUUAGAGGCCUUGCGAUGUGUUAUGUUAAAGGGUUGGACAUAUAAUUAUGAUAUUGUUUUUAAUGGUUAUCUCAUUAGUUUUGUCUAUACAAUUGUCUUAAGUAUUUUAAAUAUGAUAUUAUUUCAAUUGUAUUCCGAUAAGGCAUUAUCAUUGAGUUUUUUGAGAUAAAUUAUUAGUACAGUUAUUGUUGUAUUAC